UUAAUUUUUUGUACAAGCAAUAAUGGCUGUUUCCUUUCUCAUCUCCACCACUUGAAAUAUACUUCAUUUCCCUUGAUGUGUUUUCUGUUAUAUUAUUUCAUUUCUUUGCCAAACUUCUAUUAAUGGCUUUCAGUACAGUUAGUUCAACUGCUAUAUAAUACCAAAAGUCACUCUUUUAUUUUUCUCUUUGUGAGAGAAUUAGUAUUAAUUAUAUCAGCUUUCUUCAUUCUCAAUCAUUUUGGUUGUUGGCUGUCUCCUCUCUUUUUUUUCUUUAAUAGGUAAGGUCUUUUUUUUUUUAACUGUGAAAUUAGCUGUAACUUUGCUCAAAUCUCUUGAGCAAACAUCUGAAACUCAAUAGGUUUUUUCUCAUAGUUCUUUCUCCACUAUCUUCCAGAGAAAUAUUACUCUUGUCCUACUCAACUCAAUCAAUUCUGGAUUUGUUCAUUAGCUUAAUCAGUUCUCUUGGUUUUUUCUCUCUUGUCCUACUUAGUUCGAUCAACUCAGAAAUAGUACUGCCUUUAUAUCAGUUAUUACUUUCUGGAUUUUCUCAAUUUUUGUCUUCAAGAAUGCCUCCAACAUAUUUUCCUCUUAGGUGGGAAAGCACAGGAGACCAAUGGUGGUAUGCAUCACCAAUAGACUGGGCAGCUGCUAAUGGACACUAUGACUUAGUCAAAGAGCUUCUCAAGAUUGACAGCAACCACUUGAUCAAACUCACCUCCCUACGCCGAAUUAGGCGUCUGGAGACUGUUUGGGAUGAUGAAGAACACUACCAUGAUGUGGCCAAAUGCCGUUCUCAUGUAGCUAGAAAGCUUUUCCUUCACUGUGAAUCAAAGAAAAGCAAGAACUCACUCAUCAGGGCUGGCUAUGGUGGGUGGCUUAUCUACACUGCUGCUUCAGCUGGAGACUUGGGUUUUGUUCAAGAGCUACUUGAGAGAAACCCUCUUCUUGUUUUUGGUGAAGGAGAGUAUGGUGUUACUGAUAUACUCUAUGCUGCAGCAAGGAGCAAGAAUUCUGAUGUUUUCAGGCUGCUGCUUGACUUUGCUUCUUCACCAAGGUUCAUGGCUGGAAAAGGUGGAGAGUUUGAGGAACACAUUGGAGAUAUUCCUUCUGUUUACAAGUGGGAAAUGAUCAACAGGGCUGUUCAUGCUGCUGCUAGAGGUGGAAACUUGAAGAUUUUGAAGGAGCUUCUUGCUAAUUGCUCUGAUGUUUUGGCUUAUAGGGAUGUCCAGGGCUCAACUAUUUUCCAUACAGCAGCAGGGAGAGGACAAGUUGAGAUUCUGAAGUACCUUAUAAAGUCUUUCAACUUGGGCAACUCAACAGACAACCAGGGCAACACAGCUCUUCAUGUGGCUGCAUACAGAGGCCAACUAGCUGCAGUUGAGGCUCUUAUAUCAGCUUCUCCCUCAUCCAUUCACCAGAAGAACAACGCGGGUGAAACUUUUCUUCACAAGGCGGUGUCUGGCUUCCAAACUCUGGCAUUUAGAAGAUUAGACAGACAAAUUGAGCUGCUGAGACAAUUGGUGAGUGGUAAAGUUUUCAACAUUCAGGACAUUAUAAACACCAAGAACAACGAAGACCGAACUGCGCUUCAUGUGGCCAUCAUAGGCAAUGCUCAUUCAGACCUUGUGCAGCUGCUGAUGACUGCUGAAUCAAUAGAUGUCAAUGUGACUGACAUUGAUGGUAUGACGCCACUUGAUUACCUCAGGCAAAGGCCUCCUUCUGCAUCAUCUGAUAUACUCAUCAGACAGUUAAUUUCAGCUGGUGGCAUAUUUGGUUGUCAAAAUUACAAUGCAAGAAAAGUCAUUGUCUCACGUUUGAAGAUGCAAAGUAAUGGAAACAGCAGUCCUGGAUCAUCGUUUCGCAUCUCAGAUACAGAAAUAUUUUUAUACACAGGAAUUGAGACUGCCUCAGAUGGCAGUGGUGGUCAUGUUAGUCCAGUAAUUAGUGCAGCAGUCUCAGUUGAUCUAAGUCCAUAUGACUCGGCCAAUGAGAACCGUAGCUCAUUCACUAGUAGUGCCAAGACUAGUUCGGUAAACAAUGCAACAGUGCAACUAUUGAAACAAGUCCUCCAUUGGCCCAAGAUCAAAGACAGAAGAAGGCCUCAAAAGGUGAAGAAACCAGUUGAUGAUGAACAAGGGUCAAUGGAGUCAAACUCAAACAAGAUAGCCAACAAUUCAGAUAAUGCAGCGCCACCAACCCCACUUAGGAAGAGAUUUUCCAAGCCAUCAUCACCAACAACGAGUAACAAAAGGGCACUUUCUGUGAGGAGUAACCAAUCAAGUCCAUCAGCAAAGAAGAAACUUGCUUCUGGGAUAAGGCAUGGUGUUAUGCAAGCUGUGCCACAGAUAACAGGUCCACACCGAUCUCGGUCCAGUUCAUUCUCAAAAUCAUCCAUCUCUUCUCCAACCUCAUUGGACAAACAAAAGGGUAUCUUUUCUGAGAAUGACAUGGCUGCUGGACCCUCUUCCUCAACUCAAGUGCCUGACAAUGUCAAUCCCAAUUUGAUGAAACAAGCAAAUGUUCAUAGCAAAAGGUUGAAGAGCCCGUACUUUUGUUUUGGGACAGCUGGUGUGUCUGUCAAAAGCCCAGGUAGUAGGCAUAGUUUCAAGCGCCCUGUUCCUUCAGUGGCAUGAUUAGUUGUUGACAGAGCUCAGAUGUGAAGAGUUUGGGACUUGAAAUAUUAAGGGUAGCAACAGCUUGGACUACUAAUGCAAAUCCAUUUAGCAUAUUUGAGAAGAUCAGCAAGUUAUUUAGUUGUUUUCUAUAUCUUUUUUAAGUAUUUUGUUUGCUUCAACUAAUUAUGUAGAAAUGUCUAGUGUUUUGGCAUGUACUACUGUCCUGUGUGAACCUCCUUAAUGUUGAAUAAAAAAAUGGGCUAAAGCUGUAAAUAUUAUGCUCAUGUUUGAUGGUUUAA